AAAAAGCAGUAAGCGAAAUGUCUGCGUCAGAUGACAAUAUUGUUAUACAGGAACAAACAAAGGAAACAAAAAAAAGACUUAUAAAAUCGCGAAAAUUUUAUGGCGACACAUCGAGCAGCGAUGAUGAACCAAAAAAGAAGAGAUUUUUCAUGUCAUCACAUUAUAUACUAGAAAGUAAAUAUAUAUCAGAUUCACUGAGCCUAUCGAAUAAGAAAUUGUCAACUAAACCAGGUUUGUUAUUAAUCAUCUACAAAAUCAAAUAACGAGGUUACUGCAAAUAUGAACAAUAUUUUUGAAGAUUGGUUAAAUGUACAGAUAGAAUUUUGGAAU